AUGAGUCAACCACAUCAAGUAUUGCGCCCUCUUUCUGUUAAGCAGAACAAGACUGAAGUAUCCAUUUUGGUGCCUGCCGAUAUCUGGGUCUCGGCCGAACAGCUCAAAGAAGAAUUCCCCAUCGAAGAGGAUGAGAUUGAUGAGAUCGAAUUGGCAGCCCGUUUUAUGAGCUUUGCUGCUAAGCGUGCUUCCAAGGAACAACAAUUUUUGCCUGUAGCAAGGACAGCUUUUAUUGAUUUCCGUGGCCGAUAUCUUAAGGACAAUGACGUACAUGCCAUCACUCGCAACCUUUCAUCCGAGUCCCGUUCAGUGAUCAUUAGUGCUUAUUUCACCUCGUUGGUUGUUCUCAAAGACAGCAAAGCACUCUCAGCUGAGGAAGCUACCCCAUCCCAAUCGGCGUUGUUUGCUGCCGCAGCUCGUGGCGAUACCAAGAUUUUUGCAGCCUUUGGGGGUCAAGGCAACAUUGAGGAAUAUUUUGAUGAAUUGGCAGAUAUUUGGACAACAUACAAUGGUUUGGUGCGUGGAUUCGUAGAAAGGAUGGCCAUUGUUUUGGCUGAACAUGCUCGCAGCUCUGAAGCAAGUGUAUUUCAUUCCAAGGGUCUUGAUGUCGUGCGCUGGUUAGAAAACCCCGAGCUACGCCCUGAUCUACAAUAUUUCGUUUCAGCACCUGUCAGUUUUCCUUUGAUUGGUCUUACCCAACUUCUCCAUUACUAUGUCAUGCUCAAGGUGCUGGAUCGCUCUCCUUCAGAUAUCAAACAAUAUUUGGCUGGUACCACCGGUCAUAGUCAAGGCAUUGUUACCUCUGCUGUCAUUGCUUCAUCCAACACUGAAGAAGAAUUUGUACGCAAUGCUGAAAAGGCACUCGGCUUGCUUUUCUGGAUCGGCACUCGUGCACAACAAGUUUUCCCACCCACUACGCUUAAUCCCACCAUCCUUGAAGAUUCCAUCAACAAUAAUGAAGGCAACCCCACCCCAAUGUUGGCUAUCACUGGUCUACGUGAGGAGCAAGUCCGCAAACAUUUGGAUGCCACCAACGCACAUCUUGCACCAGACCGCCAAAUCAAGGUGACCCUUGUCAAUGGUCCUCGUUCAUUCGUUUGCACUGGUCCACCACAAUCCUUGUAUGGUCUCAAUCUUAGCUUGAGAAAGCUCAAGGCACCAGCAGGCCUCGAACAAUCUCGAGUACCAUUUUCUCAACGCAAGCUUAAAUUCUCUUCCCGAUUCUUGCCGAUUACAGCUCCUUUCCACAGUGAUUAUUUGGCACAGGCUGGUGAAAUUCUCAAACAAGAUAUUCAACGUGAACAGCUUGGAUUUGAAGCAAAGGAUUUGAGUAUUCCAGUAUUGGCUACUGAUUCAGGUGAUGACCUUCGCAACUCCAAGGACUUGACACUCGAUUUGGUGUCUCUUAUUUGUGCACGUCCCGUCCUUUGGGAGAAGGCUAUUGCUCUCAAGGGUCUCACGCAUAUUAUCGAUUUCGGCCCCGGUGGUACUUCGGGUAUUGGUGCCUUGACCCAUCGUAACAAGGAAGGUACAGGUGUCCAAAUCGUUUUGGCUGGUGCUCUUGAAGGCAACAACCGUGAUUUGUCGUACAAGGCCGAUUUGUUUGAUUCGGAUAUUCGUGCUGUCACUUAUUCUCAAGAUUGGGCCAAGGCUUUCCAACCCAAGCUUGUAAAGACAUCAUGCAAUGGUCGUAUUCAUGUUGAUACUCGCAUGUCACGUCUCCUUGGCAAGCCCCCACUUAUGGUUGCUGGUAUGACUCCUUCCACUGUCAGCGCCGAAUUUGUAUCAGCAGUAAUGAAUGCCGGCUACCAUGUUGAACUUGCUGGUGGUGGUCAUUACAAUGAAAAGAUGUUGCGUAGCAAGGUGGAUGAGAUCAUGAAGCAAACUCGUGCUGGUGAAGGCAUCACUCUCAACAUUUUGUUCUUGAACGUACGCCAAUGGGGUUUCCAGUAUCCUUUGAUCCAAGUCAUGCGUAAGGAAGGUCUCCCUAUGGAGGGUGUUUGUGUUGCUGCCGGUGUUCCCAGCUUGGAUGUAGCCAACGAGGUCUUGGAGAAUUUGCAAAAUGCUGGUAUUCGCCAUGUUGCAUUCAAGCCUGGUAGCAUUGAAACCAUCCGUCAGGUUGUUUCCAUUGCUGCAGCUAAUCCCAACAUGCCUAUUAUCAUGGAGUGGACCGGUGGUCGUGCUGGUGGUCACCACAGCUUUGAGGAUUUCCAUCAACCCAUUCUUGAGACUUAUGCUUCUAUUCGUCGUCAACCAAACAUUGUUCUCGUUGCUGGUUCUGGUUUUGGUGGUGCUGAUGAUACUUUGCCCUAUCUUACCGGUGAUUGGGCUUUGCAAUUCGAUUAUCCUCCUAUGCCAUUUGAUGGUAUCCUCUUUGGUUCUCGUAUGAUGGUGUCUAAGGAAGGUCUUGCAUCCCCUGCUGUCAAGCAAGCUAUGGUGGAUGCUCCUGGUGUUGAUGAUGACAACUGGGAAAAGACUUACAAGGGACCUACCGGUGGUGUGAUUACUGUGCGCUCUGAAUUGGGUGAACCUAUUCACAAGAUUGCUACUCGUGGUGUGCGUUUGUGGAAGGAAUUGGAUGAAAGCAUCUUCAACCAACCCAAGGAAAAGCGUCUUACUGCUUUGCUUGCCAAGAAGGAUUAUAUCAUCAAGCGUCUCAAUGCUGAUUUCCAAAAGGUGUGGUUUGGCAAAAAGAAGAAUGGUGACGUUGUCGAUCUUCAAGAAAUGACCUACGUUGAAGUGGUAUCACGUAUGGUGGAGCUUUUGUACAUCAAGCUUGAACAACGUUGGAUCGACAUUUCUCACCGCAACCUUGUUGGCGACUUUUUGCGUCGUGUGGAAGAACGUUUCUCAACCUCCGAAAAGGCAUCGCUCUUGCAAAACUUUAGCCAACUCGACAACCCCAACGACUUUGUGCCCGACUUUUUGGCUCAAUUCCCUGAGGCUGAUACUCAGCUCUUGACCUCUGAAGAUGUGUUGCACUUUGUCACCUUGUGCCAACGCCGUGGUCAAAAGCCUGUGCCUUUCAUUCCUGUCAUGGAUAAGGACUUUGAGGUGUGGUUCAAGAAGGAUUCCUUGUGGCAAUCUGAAGACCUUGCAGCUGUCGUCGAUCAAGAUGUUCAACGUACUUGUAUUUUGCAUGGCCCUGUUGCUGCCAAAUACGCCACUCGUGUCGAUCAACCUGUGGGUGAAAUCCUUGGUGACAUUUACACCAGCCACAUUGCAAGCUUGAAGGAACGCUAUUACAACAACAGCGAUGCAUCCAUUCCUCAAAUUGAAUAUCUUGGUGGCUCUGAUAUCCAAGUCAACAAGAGCAUCGAGCCUGCUUCCCAAUCGGCCACUGAAAUUGUGUAUGCCACUGGUGAAAACGAGUCCGCUUUGCACAAGGAAGAUGAAUGGUCUCAAGCUAUUGCUGGUGCUGAGUACAACUGGUUGCGUGCUUUGUUGACUUCGCAAUUCAUUGUGCAAAACAAAAAGUUUGUUGACAACCCUCUCAAGCACUUGAUUCGUCCUCGUCCUGGUCAACAAGUUGUUGUCUCUCGUGAUAGCAAUGGCCGUCCUGUUGCUGUCAAGGUUCAAGACAAGCGUCUUUGGAGUGCCACUGGCAAGACCAAGGACUUUGUUACUUCCGUUGAAGUCGCUGUUUCAGGCAGCCGUAUCAAUGUUACCAUGUUUGAGAAGCGUGGUGAUGAUUUCAUUCCUUUGAACUUGCACUUUGACUACAAGCCCGAACUUGGCUACGCUCCUAUUCAUGAGGUCAUGGAGAGCCGCAAUGAUCGCAUUAAGGAAUUCUAUUACAAGCUUUGGUUUGGUGCUGAUAACAAGGAUGACUUUUUGAAUGUCCCUGUCACCGAAAAGUUGAUUGGCACUGGUGAAUCUGUCAAGUCUGAUGAGAUCAAGGAAUUCUGCCAAGCUGUUGGUAACCAAGCUGAGAUUUACGUUGAUCGUGGUCAAAAGGUCAAUGCUCCUAUGGACUUUGCCAUUGUUGUCGGCUGGAAGGCUAUUAUCAAGGCUAUCUUCCCCAAGGUCAUCGAUGGUGAUUUGCUUAAGCUUGUUCACUUGUCCAAUGGCUUCCGUGUGCUUGAAGGUGGUACUCUUCUCAGUGUUGGUGAUGUUGUCGACACCUAUGCCCAUAUCAAUGGCAUCAUCAAUGGUGAUUCUGGAAAGACUAUUGAGGUCAAGGGUGUGAUUGUUCGUGAUGGCAAGCCUAUUCUCGAAGUCGUCAGCCAAUUCUUGUAUCGUGGCCAAUUUGAUGACUAUGAACACACCUUUGAACGCAAGGUUGAGACUCCUAUGCAACUCAAGUUCAAGGACACCAAGGACAUUGCUGUUCUCAAAUCCAAGGAAUGGAUCGAGUGGACCGAGGAAUUGGAGAACCAUGAGUUGUCUACUGAUAGCACCCUUAUCUUCCGCCUCAACACCGAAGUGAAGUAUAAGAACAAGAAGGUUUAUGCCAGCGUUCAAACCAAGGGUACUGUUUCGAUGCAAAUUUCGACCAAGGAAUUUGUUCAAGUUGGCAAGGUUGAUUAUGAAGCUGGUGAAAGCCAUGGUAACCCUGUUACUGAAUACCUCAAGCGUCAUGGUCAAGAGAUUGAGCAAGCCCACUUUUUCGAAAAUGGUGGUUACUCUGUUAUGCCUGCCAAGUCGACCUAUUCUUCAGUGGUGCACGCUCCUGCAUCCAAUGAGCCCUAUGCUAAGAUCUCUGGCGACUUCAACCCUAUUCACGUCAACCCUUACUUUGCUGACCUUGCCAAUUUGCCUGGUACCAUCACCCAUGGCAUGUGGACAAGUGCUUCAACUCGCAAGUUUGUUGAGAUCUUCGCUGCUGACAACAAUCCUCAACGUGUGGUUGCCUAUGAUGUCAAGUUUAUGGGUAUGGUGCUUCCCUCUGAUCGCCUUGAAACCAAGUUGUCCCAUAUUGGUAUGAAGAAUGGUCGCAAGAUUAUCAAGGUUGAGACCGUCAACCAAAAUGGGGACAAGAUUGUUGAAGGAAGUGCUGAGGUGGAGCAGCCUACCACUGCCUAUGUUUUCACUGGUCAAGGUUCUCAAGAACAAGGUAUGGGUAUGGCAUUGUAUGCUAGCUCCCCUGUUGCCAAGGAUAUUUGGGAUCGUGCAGAUGCCCAUUUCAUGAAGAAUUAUGGCUUCUCGAUCAUUGAGAUUGUGCGUGACAACCCCAAGGAAAAGACUGUGCACUUUGGUGGUCCUCGUGGCAAUGCUAUUCGCCAAAACUAUAUGAGCAUGACUUAUGAUGUUGUCGAAUCCGAUGGCAGCACCAAGACUUUGCCUUUGUUCCCCAACAUCACCGAUCGCACUUCCUUCUACACCUUCCGAUCGCCCAAUGGUUUGUUGUCAGCUACCCAAUUCACUCAGCCUGCUUUGACUUUGAUGGAGAAGGCUGCUUUCGAAGACAUGCGUGCCAAGGAGCUUAUUCAAUCGGAUUGUGCUUUUGCUGGUCACUCCCUUGGUGAAUACUCCGCAUUGGCUGCCGUUGGUAACGUGUUGCCUAUUGAGUCAUUGGUGGAUGUUGUCUUCUAUCGUGGUAUGACCAUGCAAUCCGCUGUGCAACGUGAUGCCGAAGGUCGAUCCAAUUAUGGUAUGGCUGCUGUCAACCCUGCUCGUGUCUCCAAGACUUUCAACGAUACCGCUUUACGCUAUGUUGUCGAUUCCAUUGCUCGUCAAAGCAAUGAUGUCCUUGAGAUUGUCAACUUUAACGUUGAAAAUUGGCAAUACGUUGCUGCUGGUUCUUUGCCUAACCUUGACGUCUUGACCAAUGUGCUCAACUUUAUCAAGAAAUCAGACAUUGACUUGCAAAAGCUUAUGACCACCAUGCCUUUGGAGGAUGUCAAGAAGCAUUUGACCGAAAUCAUUGAUGGUGCCAUUGAAAAGACCAAUGCUAAGAAGGCUGCCACUGGUCGUGUCCAAUUGGAGCGUGGCUAUGCUACUGUGCCAUUGCCUGGUAUUGAUGUACCUUUCCACUCAAGCUUCUUGCUUAGCGGUGUUGCACCUUUCCGUACCUAUUUGGCAAAGAAGAUCAACCCAACCUACAUCAACGUGGCUCAACUCAGCGAAAAGUACAUUCCCAACUUGACAGCUCAACCCUUCAGCAUUGAAAAGGAGUACAUUGAGAAUGUCUACAGCUUGACUUCCAGCCCUCGUCUCGGCAAGGUUCUUAAGAAUUGGACUGAUGACAAGUAUUCUACUCCUGGUCAACAACAACGUCUUGGUUACAUUUUGCUUGUCGAAUUGCUUGCCUAUCAAUUUGCUUCACCUGUGCGUUGGAUCGAGACUCAAGAUCAGCUCUUCAAGUACUUCAAGGUCGAGCGUCUUAUUGAAUUGGGUCCUUCACCUACUUUGUGUGGCAUGGCAACUCGUACUCUCAACUUGAAGUAUCAAGCUUAUGAUGAUGCUUUGAUCAACCGCCGCCAAAACUUGUGCGUUUCCAAGAAUGCUACCGAGAUCUAUUAUCAAUUUGAGGAUACUGCUGUUGAAGAAGAGCCUGCACCUGCUGCUGCAUCAGCCCCUGCAGCUGCUCCUGCUGCUCCUGUUGCUGCACCACCACCCAUGCCCGCUGCUGCUGCACCUGCAGCUCCUGUUAGUGAUGCUCCUGUUACUGCUACUGAGAUCAUUCACGUGGUGGUUGCUCAAAAGCUCAAGAAGUCUGUUGAUGAAGUUCCACUUAACAAGACCGUCAAGGAAUUGGUUGGUGGCAAGUCCACUCUUCAAAACGAAAUUCUUGGUGAUUUGCAAAAGGAGUUCCCUAGUGGUGUACCUGAAAAGGCUGAAGAGACAAGUCUUGAAGAGUUGGGUGCUUCAUUGAAUGGCAGCUUCCCUGGUACUCUUGGCAAGCAUACAAGUGCCUUGGUGGCUAAGAUGAUCAGCUCCAAGAUGCCUGGUGGUUUCAGCCUUAGCAGUGCCAAGUCCUAUUUGUCAUCCAAGUAUGGUCUCGGCAGUGGUCGUACCGAAGGUGUCUUGUUGAUGGGUCUUACUAUGGAACCUGCUUCUCGUCUUGGUUCCGAAGGUGAUGCCAAAUCAUGGUUGGAUACUGUUGCUCAAGCCUAUGCCAAGAAGGCUGGUAUCAGCUUAUCUGCUGGUGGUGCUGCUGCAGCUGGUGCUCCUAUGAUGGCUGCAUUUGCUGCUCCUGCUGCUGCUGGUCCAGCUCCUGUUGCUGAUGCUCCUAUUACUGCUACUGAAGUUAUCCAUGUGGUCAUUGCCCAAAAGCUCAAGAAGUCUGUUGAUGAGGUGCCAACAAGCAAGGGUAUCAAGGAUUUGGUUGGUGGUAAAUCCACUCUUCAAAAUGAGAUUCUUGGUGAUUUGCAAAAGGAAUUCGGAAGCGGUGUGCCUGAAAAGGCUGAAGAGACUCCUAUUGAAGAAUUGGGUGCUUCGUUGAACGGCAGCUUCCCUGGUACUCUUGGCAAGCAUACAAGUGCUUUGGUUGCUAAGAUGAUUAGCUCCAAGAUGCCUGGUGGUUUCACUCUUAGCGCUGCCAAGUCUCAUCUUUCAUCCACUUGGGGUCUUGGUCCCGGUCGUACUGAAGGUGUUUUGUUGAUGGGUCUUACCAUGGAGCCUGCUUCUCGUCUUGGUUCAGAUGCUGAUGCCAAGUCAUGGUUGGAUUCUGUUGCCCAAGCUUAUGCUAAGAAGGCUGGUAUCUCAUUGUCUCAAGGUGGUGCUGCCGGUGGUGCUGGUGCUGGUAUGGCUGGCAUGAUGAUCAACACUGAAGAGCUUGAUGCCCUCAAGGCUAAGCAAGAUGCAUUGAUCUAUCAACAAUUGAACUUGUAUGCUCGCUAUUUGCAAAAGGAUCUUCGUGAUGGUCACAAGAAGUACGAGGAGGAAAAGACCACCACCCAAAAGUUGCAAGCUGAAUUGGAUCAAUGGCUCGCUGAACAUGGUGAUAUUUAUGCUGAUGGCAUCAAGCCCAUCUUUAGCAGCUUCAAGGCUCGUCGCUAUGAUUCGUACUGGAACUGGGUCCGUCAAGAUGCUUUGGAGAUGUGGUACGAUAUCAUCUUUGGCAAGCUUGCUAUUGUUGAUCGUGAAGUCACUGCCAAGUGCUUGCACAUCAUGACUCGUGCCUACCCUGGUUUGAUCGACUACAUGCGUUACAAUGUUGAGAAUUGUGCUGGUGACAAGGGUGAAACCUAUCACUUGGCUAAGGAAUUCGGUCAAGCUUUGAUUGAGAAUUGCGUGGAAGUGCUCGCUGUUGAUCCCGUUUACAAGGAUGUGAGCUUCCCCACUGGUCCUCAAACUACUAUCACUGAAAAGGGCGAUAUUCAAUACAAUGAAGUCCCUCGUCCUGGUUGCCGCAAGCUCGCUGAUUAUGUCAAGGACAUGGCUUCUGGUAGCAAGAUCACCGAGUACUCCAACCGCCUCAAGGUGCAACAGAAUCUUGGCCGCAUUUACAAGAUCAUUCGCAACCAAAACAAGAUGAAGAAGUCCUCCAAGGUUGCCAUUCGCGAGUUGUAUGGCGAUGUGCUUCGUGCAAUGUCCAUGUCCAACACCAUUGUCAAGGAGAAUCGUGGCCGUCAACGUCGUUUGUCAUCCACUGUACGCACUGCUGAGCACAAGCGCAUUUCUGCCAAGUCUGCCAAGUCUGAGACCAUUCCUUUCUUGCAUCUCAAGAAGAAGAACGUCAACGAUCCUAGUGGAUGGGAGUUCAGCAGCCGUUUGACUACCACUUACUUGGAUGUCCUUGGUGAAGUUGCUGAUGAAGGUAUCACCUUUGCUGAAAAGUGCGUCUUGUUGACUGGUGCUGGCCGUGAUUCCAUUGGCUCAGAGGUCCUUAAGGGUCUUUUGUCGGGUGGUGCCAAGGUCGUGGUGACCACAUCUCGUUUCAGUCGCCAAGUUACCGAAUACUUCCAAUCCAUCUAUCACACCUAUGGCUCUCGUGGUUCUCAAUUGGUCGUUGUUCCCUUCAAUCAAGGUUCCAAGCAAGAUGUCGACGCCAUUGUCAACUACAUCUACGACCCCAAGGGCUUGAACUGGGAUUUGGAUUGUGUUAUUCCAUUUGCUGCUAUCCCUGAAAACGGCCGUGAAAUCGAUUCCAUUGACUCCAAGUCUGAACUUGCCCAUCGUAUCAUGUUGACCAACUUGUUGCGUUUGCUUGGUAACGUCAAGUCCCACAAGCAACAAAUUGGAUCCGAUACUCGCCCUGCUCAAGUCAUCUUGCCAUUGUCCCCCAACCAUGGUCUCUUUGGUAGCGAUGGCUUGUACAGUGAAUCCAAGAUUGCCCUUGAAACUCUCUUCAACCGUUGGUAUUCUGAAAGCUGGUCAAGCUACCUCUUGAUCACUGGUGCUGUCAUUGGCUGGACCCGUGGUACUGGUUUGAUGAGUGCUAACAACAUGGUGGCCGAGGGUAUGGAGAAGCUUGGUAUCCGCACUUUCUCUACUGUUGAAAUGUCCUUCAACAUCCUUGGUCUUAUGCACCCCACGAUUGUUGAGUUGUGCCAAAACGAACCUGUGUGGGCCGAUUUGAACGGUGGCUUCCAAUUCAUCCCUGAAUUGAACAAGGUCAGCGCCAACUUGCGUCAAGAGAUUCGUGAGACUGCCGAUAUCCGCAAGGCUGUCGAUGCCGAGAAUGCCCUUGAUUUCAAGAUUGUCUAUGGUGAAGAAGCUGAACGCAAGUACAAGCCUCACAAGAUCACUCCUCGUGCCAACAUGAAGUUCGACUUCCCCAAGCUCAAGGAAUAUGACACCCUCAAGCAUCUUAGCCAUCUCAAGGGUAUGCUUGAUCUUGACAAGGUUGUGGUUGUUACUGGUUUCGGUGAAGUAUCGCCAUGGGGUAACGCUCGUACUCGUUGGGAGAUGGAAGCCAAUGGUGAAUUCUCUUUGGAGGGUUGCAUCGAAAUGGCUUGGAUCAUGGGUUACAUCAAGCACUUCCACGGCAAGCUCAAGGAUGGUACCGCUUACUCUGGUUGGGUGGAUGCCAAGUCCAAUGAACCUGUCAAGGAUAAGGAUGUCAAGGCCAAGUAUGAGAAGCAAAUUUUGGAACACAGUGGUAUCCGUCUCAUUGAUCCUACUGUCAUGAAUGGCUACGAUCCCAACAAGAAGAUGCUUAUGCAAGAAAUUAUUGUGGACCAUGACUUGGAACCAUUUGCUUGCAGCAAGGAAGAAGCUGAAUACUUCAAGGCUCAACAAGGUGACCAUGCUGAUGUCUAUGAGAGCGGUGAUGGUGAAUGGGUUGUUGUCCUCAAGAAGGGAUCCACUUUGUUUGUGCCCAAGGCCUUGCGUUUCGAUCGUCUUGUUGCUGGUCAAAUUCCUACUGGUUGGGAUCCUGCUCGCUAUGGUGUGCCUAAGGAUAUCAUUGAUCAAGUUGACCCUGUGUCAUUGUUCAACAUCAUCUCCACUGUUGAGGCAUUCGUUUCUUCUGGUAUCACUGAUCCUUACGAGUUCUACAAGUAUGUCCACGUCUCCGAGAUUGGUAACGCUACUGGCUCUGGUGUUGGUGGUCAACGUGCUCAACGUGGUCUUUUCCGUGAUCGUUUGCUUGACAAGCCUGUCCAAAAGGAUAUCCUUCAAGAAUCUUUCAUCAACACUGUCCCUGCAUGGAUCAACUUGCUUUUGUUGUCUGCCUCUGGUCCUAUCAAGACUCCUGUCAAUGCAUGUGCCACCUCUGCUGUGUCCGUUGAAGUUGCUAUUGACACCAUCAUGACCGGCAAGGCCAAGAUUAUGAUUGCUGGUGCCACUGAAGAUAUCACUGAGGAGUCCAGCUACGAAUUCGCCAACAUGAAGGCUACUUCCAAUGCUGUUGAUGAAUUCAAGCAUGGCCGUACACCUGCUGAAAUGUCGCGUCCUACAACUACUACUCGCAAUGGUUUCAUGGAAGCUCAUGGCUCUGGUAAUCAUAUUCUCAUGUCGGCAUCCACUGCUAUCGAGAUUGGUGCUCCUAUUUAUGGUAUCGUUGCUAUGACCAAUACUGCCACUGAUAAGGAAGGUCGCUCCAUUCCUGCUCCUGGUGCUGGUAUCUUGACCACUGCUCGUGAAAGCACUCGCAAGCGUGCAUCGCCCUUGUUGAACUUCAACUACCGUGCUCGUCAACUCAAGGCUCGUCGUGCCCAAAUCAAUGCUUGGCUUGAGAGUGAAUACGACAUGUUGCGUGAAGAAUUGGAAGAACUCAAGGCUGCUGGUGAAUUGAAUGAGGAUGAGGAGAAGAGCUUCUUGGCUGAGCGUACCGAUUUCUUGCACAAGGAGGCUAAGCGUCAAGAAAAGGAAGCACUUGCCACAUGGAACAUGGACUUCUAUCGCCAAGAUUCCACCAUUGCUCCUUUGCGUGGUGCCCUUGCUGUUUACGGUUUGACUGUGGAUGACAUUGGUGUUGCUUCCUUCCACGGCACUUCCACCAAGGCCAAUGAUAAGAACGAAUCACGUGUAUUGAAUGAACAACUCAAGCAUCUUGGUCGCUCCAAGGGUAACGCUUUGCUUGCUAUCACCCAAAAGUACCUUACUGGUCACCCCAAGGGUCCUGCUGCUUCAUGGAUGGCCAAUGGUAUGAUUCAAUGCCUGAACAGUGGUAUCGUUCCUGGUAACCGAAAUGCCGAUAAUGUCGACGAGGUGCUCAAGGAGUUUGAAUACAUUGUGUACCCAUCUCGCAGCAUUCAAACCGAUGGCCUUAAGGCAGGUCUCUUGAAGUCAUUUGGUUUCGGUCAAGCUGGUGGUGAGAUCCUUAUCAUCCAUCCCGAUUACGUUCUUGGUGCACUUGAAGAACACGAAUACAACAGCUACAAGGCUAAGAAUGCUCAACGUUAUGCCAAGGCUUACCGCUACUUGCAUGAUUCGCUUACUGGUGUUGGUGACUUUAUCCAAGUCAAGGAUGCUGCUCCAUACACUGAUGAGCUUGAAUACAAGGUGUACCUCAACCCCAACGCUCGUGCUCAAUACUCCAAGGAUAAGAAGACAUGGUUGUUCGAUGCCAAGUCUGUGGCUCUUCAACCUGAGCUCCAAGGCGAUGUUGAAUCGACUAAGGCUGUCCUUGCUUCACUCACUGAACAACAAGCUGGCAAGAAGGGUGUUGGUGUCGAUGUUGAAUUGUGCUCCCAUGUGAAUGCCGAUAAUCAAACCUUUGUUGAACGCAACUUUACCACCGCUGAAGUCCAAUAUUGUCGCGGUCGCCCUGAUGUUCAAGCAAGCUUUGCUGGUCGCUGGUCUGCCAAGGAAGCCGUUUUCAAGGCUAUCUCCACUUAUGGCAAGAUCCAAUCUGAAGGUGCCGGUGCUCCUCUCAAGGAAAUUGAAAUCAUUGCAGAUGAAGUUGGAGCUCCUCAAGUUGUUCUUUCUGGCAAGGCCAAGGAAGCCGCUUCUGCCGCUGGUAUCAAUACCAUCAAUGUUUCCAUUAGCCAUAGUGGCCCUUACAGCGUUGCUGUUGCAUUGGCUCAAUAA